AUGGUAGCAUGGAAAACCGCUUCAUCUGUCAUCGUUGUGAGUCGCACCACCGGUCGAGUGUUAGUGAUGCAGCGUGGGGCCACAGCAAAGUUCAUGCCGAAUGCAUUGGUGUUCCCUGGUGGCGUAGUAACUCCUUCCGAUGAAAAACUUGGACAUCCGGCAAAAAUUGCUGCCAUGAGGGAACUUUUCGAAGAGACCGGUCUACUUCUUGGUCAAGAAGAAUCUGCUGCCAAUUCCCGGGAACUCGAAGCCUUACAAGAAAAUACGAGGAAGGAUCCGGAACAGUUUAAGCUGGAUUUGCUUGAAUGGAAUACGUGGCUGACUCCUUCAUCAUACAAAAGACGGUACAUGACAUCGUUCUUCAUAGCUCAAUUAGACGGUGAACCAGAAGUUCGUAUGUGCGAACGUGAAAUGUCUCAUUACUUUUGGAUGGCACCCAAAGACUGUUUAAAAAAGGCUUCCAAGGGAGAAGUCAUUUUGCCGCCACCUCAAGUCUACGAGUUAACACGGCUUUCUCAGACGUCCGGUCAAGAACUCCAGAACUAUAGCAACAGGGUACAUGUGAUGUGCCCUCAGAAUAUUACUAUUCAAAGCUCUCCACUUAUUGCCAGUGUACUGCCAGGAGAUCAUCUUUACCUUGAUGAGGACAGCUUCAAUCAGCCUCUUCGCAGUUUACCAUCAGACGUUGUACAUGUAAAUCCACACAAACCGACACAUCGAGUAGAAUAUUUUGCAGAACCAUUGUACGCACAAUGUAAAAUAUAUAUGCAUAAUUUGCUAUCCAAAUACCGUGAAGAGUUUCAUCAAUUCGUUACGGAUUCUAAGAAUCUACAGUACUGA